CGUGAUCCUGAAAAGUUGCGCUUUUGCUCGGCGAAAUGAAUAACGGAGAUACCGUUGCGUUACUUUCGUAGUUAAUUCACAAGUAAACAGGCGUGCGAGAUACAUCUUCGCUUAUGAAGGAAGUAAUGUAGAGUCAUAUCAACGCAUUUGGCAUUACCGUCCAUUCACUCCCAGGUACCUCUGUCGGCGAACCCUGAAGUAAUACUCUGCAAAAUGCCGUCACCACAAGUUCUGCAGCCGGUUCUUAAAAUGAAGGUGGACGAGCUCUUCCUCAACUGGUUGAGUGAUCCUGCAACCCAGUCACUACUCAAAGAUUAUCUUGACCUAAUCAAAAGUGGACAAAACAUUGAUUUGAGUAGUGGGGACGCCCAGGAGAAAAGGUCAUUAAGCUUCAAUCAGAACAACAAUGUGGCAUCCCAAAAGAACCUGGCAGAGAAGAAGCCUGCUGCCCUCAGCACUCCCUCUAGCCCCCCAUCUGCCAGUACCCUGCCUUCUGGCAGUAGCAGUAAUACCAGAGUGACAGGACCCAAUGGGAGAGUUCUACGGAGGUCUGUCAGUGCAAAAAAGGCCCAGGUGAGGACAGAGGAGCCCGUCACCACAGCGCUGAGUGAAAGCAUUCCAAAGUUUUACUUCCCACUGGGACGGCCCCAAGCCAACCUCAACAUCGACAGCCUCAUUUCCAAAAUUGAGAAAAUAUUUUCCCAAUUCCCAAAUGAAAGGGCCACCAUUGAGGACAUGGGGCAUGUUGCCAAGGCCUGUGAGUGCCCUCUCUAUUGGAAAGUGCCAUUGUUCAACUCAGCUGGAGGCGACAGGACGGGCUUCGUGUCCGUUCACAAGUUUGUGGCUAUGUGGAGAAAAACUCUGCAGACCUGUCACAAUGACGCUUCUAAAUUUGUGCACCUCUUGGCCAAGCCUGGCUGUAAUUACCUGGAACAAGACGACUUUAUUCCAUUCCUGCAGGAUGUGGUGAACUCUCACGCAGGCCUGGCCUUUCUAAAGGAGGCGCCGGACUUUCACUCACGAUACAUCACCACGGUGAUUCAGAGGAUAUUUUACAAUGUGAAUCGGUCGUGGACUGGAAAAAUAACAUGUUAUGAGCUCAGGAAAAGUAACUUUCUUCAGAAUGUGAUGUUGCUGGAGCAGGAAGAAGAUGUGAACCAGCUGACAGAGUUCUUCUCCUAUGAACAUUUCUAUGUUAUCUACUGCAAGUUCUGGGAGCUGGACACAGACCAUGACCUCUACAUAGACCAGAAGGACCUGGCACGGCACAAUGACCAAGCCAUCUCACAUAAGAUGAUUGAGAGAAUAUUCUCAGGAACAGUAACAAGGGACAGACGGGUGUAUAAGGAGGGCAGGCUGAGUUAUGCUGACUUUGUCUGGUUCCUCAUCUCUGAGGAAGACAAGAAGACUGACACCAGUAUAGAGUACUGGUUCCGCUGUAUGGACCUGGAUGGGGAUGGUGUGCUCAGCAUGUACGAGCUGGAGUACUUCUACGAGGAGCAGUGUCAGAAGCUGGAGACCAUGGCUAUUGAGCCCCUUCCCUUCGAGGACUGCCUCUGCCAAAUGCUUGACCUUGUCAAGCCUGAGGUCGAAGGUAAGAUCACUCUGCGGGAUCUUAAGAGGUGCAAGUUGUCCCACAUCUUCUUUGACACUUUCUUCAACAUCGAGAAAUACCUGGACCACGAACAGAAGGAUCCUUUCUCUGUAAUAAGGGAGGUGGAAGGAGACGGCCAGGAAGCUUCAGACUGGGAGAAAUACGCUGCAGAGGAGUACGACAUCCUAGUGGCGGAGGAGGCUGCCAACGAUCAGUGCAAUGAUGUGUAUGAUAAUCCUUUGAGCCCUUUAGGGCAGCACAUCUCCAGUGAGCUGGGUCUGACAAAGAGACACUUCUUUGAGAUCCCCAGUCCACACUGCAACCUGGACCUGGAUGAAUAUGAGUAUGAAGAUGACUUUGAAUGACCCUCGAUCCUGUAACGUUUGACGAUUGAAUCACAUCAGGCCAGAGUUUUGCAGGUUCGGGCUCAGUUCCCAUCCUGCGUAUAAGGACACACUUCACCACAGAGAGAGCAAAUGCAAAACCGGAAGACAUUGUCGGAGCACUGUUGAGGUCAGAUUGUGCAGGAGAAAUGGACAUUAUCACACAUUUGACUGAAGAAAUGUGAAGUGGCCAAAGCAGAAGGUAGUUCUUCACAACACUGACCCAAAAGUUUAAAUAUUCUUACCUGUCAUAAAAAAAAACACCACAGUCGACUUCAGGGUUUCAUAAGCAACACGUUUUGUUCCCUCCUCAUGAUAUAACAGGAAAAGUUGUGUUGUGCAUGUAAUGCUUUGUACAAAUAAUGUCUGGAGCGAGUGUUUUAUCUGAACACCAACGUUGUAUUAUCAUAUUCACAUGAGCUAAAUCAUUCUUUACACAUUGGAGCUCCCUGAACUGUUGAACAGAAACCAUGCUGAUUUGAUUCAGGUUUUGAACUAAUUAUCAUCUGAAGUCAUUGGCUAGUUUUACAUUCCAGUGAUCAUAACUGAAUGUUUUCUAUAAGGCUGUAAAUUCAUUAAUGGUUUGUUUGCUGAAACGAGAAGUUACUGUAAAUGCUAAACAAGCCACCGUUGAGCCUGCUGUACACACACAAGCACACAGUUCAGACAGCCACACACAGUGUAUGUUGUACAGGUCUGUAUUCAUUAUGACAUGGACUUAUUGUAUGUGUGAGAUGGGGUUAUAAAUUAUUAGAGAUGAAUUUAUAAAUAAUUGUAAAUAUGUAUUUGGUGCUUGCUGUGUUGUAAAUGAUUUGGGCAAGUGUUUUAGACAAAUUCUUUUUUCUAUGUUAUAAAGUACUUAAUUUGAAUGUACUUUGACAGAACAAAAGGAACCAAUUUUAAAAUGUUUUGCUUUUCUUUAAAUUAAUAAUAAAGUCUUGGUUAAUGGAAGAGUAAAGAAAA